AUGAGUCUGACAAACGGUUUGAUUGCUUUCCGCCGCUUCAAAGUUGGCUUUUCUUUCAUCUGUUUCAUAACUCUUACUUUCUUUUUUCUUCCUAUCUUUCUUCUUUCUUUCUUCUGUCUUUUGUCUUUCUUUCUUCUUUCUUUCUUCUUUGUUUCAUCUUUCUUUCUUCUUUCUUUUGUCUUUCUUUCUUCUUUUUUUCUUCUUUGUUUCAUCUUUCUUCUUUAUAUUGUCUUUCUUUCUUCCUUCUUUCUUCUUAGUCACCCUUUUGUUCAGAUUCACUUCUUUCAUGAUUACAUUCUUCCUUUCAUUUUUUUCUUUCUUUCCUUUUUUUCCUUUUUUCUUUCUUGCAUGUUUUUAUUUUUUCUCCCUUUUACUUCAUCUAUUUUCUAUUUCAUUUUACUGUCUUCAAUUACUCCAUAUUCUUUCUUUCUUUCAUUCUUUCUUUCUUUUUGUAUAUUUAGAUACUUUCUUCUGUUCGUUUUUCUAUAUUCUUUUUUCUUCACUUUCCUUCUUUUUCUGACUUCUAUUUUCUUUUUUUCAAACUUUUCAUCCUUUAAAUUCAUUCUUCCUCUUCUUCUUCUACCCGCUCCCUUCCUUUCACGCCAUUCAUUCUCCUUCUUUUAUUCCAUUUCUUUUCCUCGUCAGCCAUUCCUGACCUCUUUUUUUCUAUUCUGUCAUCCAAUUAUUUUCCCUCGUAAUUUUCAUUCAAUCAUUUUUUUUCUUUCCUCUUUUGUUGCUUGCUUUUUUAUUCCUUUUUUUUCAUUUGUCCAUUUAAUUCUCUUUGCUUUUCCCGCAAUUCUUCUUUUCUAUCGUGCAGUUACAUGUUUCUCUUGGUGUCUCUAA